CUGAAGUGAGUGACUACAGACGGCUGCGAGCGCACGCUUGUCAUGAUAUGGUGGCUCUCUGCCUAGCCGACAAGUUCAGAUCGAGGCGGUUUUUACUUCGUAUCUCACUCGUUUUGCUAACCCUCGUCUUAUUUUCAUACGGUGUGUCUUACCUCCUAUUAUCGAACGCCGAGAACGAGCCGCUCUUCUACGGCCACUACCGAAGCGAUCACAGUCAUUACACGGGAGUGCCUCGGAAUGUUUCCGAUCCGAUCAUCCUGUGGUGGACACCAUUCACGAAACGAGCUGGUCACACGAGGACAUGUGGCCAAGAAAGAUGCUUCUUUACGGAAGACCGGAUAUUUUUCAACCAUACGAACUUGCAAGCGGUGAUGUUUUAUGGAAGUGAACUUGAAAUAGGGGACCUCCCUUUGCCCAGAAAAAGAAAUCAUGACUGGGCUCUACUUCAUGAAGAAUCGCCGAAGAACAACUUUCUUUUCUGCAUGCCUAAUGUUCUUGGCUGGUUCAAUCAUACUUCGACAUUCCGAAGAAACUCUGACCUUCCCCUGACUCUGCAAUAUCUUAACUAUAUUACUGACCUCACAAGCAAGGAAUUUUUUGUUGAUACGACCUCCAAGACAAGGGCGCGAACCAGCCAGUCACUGAUUGCCUACGUUCAGUCAGACUGCAACACACCAAUUGAACGCGACUCUUUUGUCUCAGAAUUAAUGAAAUAUGUAAGCAUUGACUCAUUUGGAAAGUGCAUCCACAACAAAGACCUUCCAAAAGAGCUGGUCAACGCAAUGGAUGCUAUGGACAACAAAGCCUUUUGGCGCCUUCUUGCAAACUACAAGUUUCACCUUGCGAUUGAAAACUAUGUCUGUGAGGACUACAUCACUGAGAAACUGUGGCGACCGCUAAUUGUUGGAUCAGUGCCUAUUUACUUUGGGUCACCAUCAGUGGUUGAUUGGUUACCGAACUAUGCCAACAGUGCCAUUCUUGUUGCUAACUACAGUGGCCCCGAAAAAUUGGCAGAGGCAAUCAAGCAAAUAGGUGGUAAUGACAUGAUGUACGAAAGUUUUCUAAGCCACAAAUUACACGGCAGAGUCACCAACAAGGCUCUUUUAAGUGCCAUGAAAAAUCGUAGGUGGGGCGUAAAUGACCCUCAAAGACCAAGUUUUGUGGAAGAAUUUGAGUGCCUCAUUUGCUCAAGGAUUUGGAAAAGGCUGAAGAACCCAGGUACUGCGAGUUUCAUUGCCAACGCUAGCCACUAUAGCUGUGACAUGCCUCAUGCCAUGCUAACGAGACAGACUGCGACUUUAUGGAAAGAUUUGUACAGGCAAGCCAAAACUGAAGCAGAAGUUUUCGAGGACCUACUUCUGGCUAACGUGGCCUUUGGUGGGAAGGAUGUUCAAAACAAGGUUUUGAGCUUGCUACAGGCACGAGCAUCACAUUCAAUGAAUUGAUCUUAUUGCAUCAAUAUUAAUAAGCUGUAGAUACACAUACCUUAAACAUAUUAACUCUGUAAAAGCACAUUAGCCUGUACUUUCUCUCCUUACAUGUGUUAUUGGCAAGACCAGCAAACCAUGCCAGCCAGUUGUUUAAGGCAAGAAAAUUAUAUUAGCUUGUCAGGUGUUUACUACUUGAAAAAAAAAAAUACUAAUAAGAUUGUCUCAUCCAACAUUGUGUUGGCCUGAAAUUGAUAUGAGCUUUUGCGUUGUUGUGGACUUCAGUGCAUGUGUAUAUUAUGUUGUAUGUAACUCCACACCACGCAAGGAGCUUUUGAAGCCCUCUCAGAGGCACAAUCUGUGACUUUAGCCGCACAUUGAAAAUCGCUAAAAAACAAACCUUGGCGACUUUUAACUAAGAGUUCAACCUGUACGACUGAUUUUUAAUUGGUCCAGGACAACAAUGAUGAGCUCGUUUGUCUCUUGCAGUGUAAAAAGUUUUUAAUAGUUUAAUGGUUUAAUAUAUAUCCGCAAUUUUUGCCAUCCGCAAUUUUUUGCAAAAUAACCUUUUUCUGUAAAAUGCACCUUUCCAACGAACGUUUUUUUCUCUAUUGCUUCAAAUGGUUUUCACCGAUUAGGCUGCAUUUUUAAGAAAAGCCACCUUUUGCAAGUUUUUUUUGUCUUUUUACAGUCCUUAAAAGAGUGAAGCAGCGAAUUACAAGUAUUAAGUAAAGGCCAUUGUGACUUAAUUAUGUAUAACAUGGGCAGCCUUUUCAAGGUCGUUGUCAUCCAGCUGAGUGUUAUGGUUAUGGAACCUCCUCCUGAAUGAAAGUUCCUAUACUUGUACGCAUUCAUGACUAUGGAAAGAUUGACACACAUGUAUGCAGCAUUGAUCUCCAUAUUUGUACGAUGCACUGCUUCUUGAACUGCUUCUUAAGCUGCUGUUUGUUAUCCUCACUUUUCAUCUAGCAGUGUCAGUGAUUCUGACAGCAAUAAGGUGAUGCAUGCAGACUGGAAACAGUGACGACUAAGCUAGUCUUUCUCGGAGCGCUAUCUGUUGCUGUAUACUAUCUGAAUCUAUGCAGUGUUUAACGGAGACUUUUAGAAAAUGUAUACAAUCACUCAGUCUCUGCGAAAUUUUCAACCUAGAUUGCUAGGAAACAGUGCCAGCGACAUUAAAUGAUAAUCGCACCCAAUGCAGUACUAGUUUCUAUCAAUGAUGCUUUCGUCGCCAAGAAAAUUUACCAUUUGUAGCUUGGCAAUUCACUUGGAAGUUGUAUAACCUCCAAGUUUCCGUGCUUCUUUUUUUAUAUGUUGAAGUUAGUUCUCAAUCCUGCUAAUAGGUAUGGCAUGAUGGCAUGCGAGCCUAAAGCCCCUAGAUAAAACAAGUUUCCAAGGUAGCGACACCCUCCCCUUUUCUUCCCGCUUGUUCCUGGAGCGCUCCCUAGAAGGUUCAAAACUCGUAAAAAAAGCGAAUGUUUUGGUUCAGUUGCUACAAUGAAUAUAUGUAAAUGAAACAAAAUGGAAGGAAAUGAGGUGUAGAAUAAACGGUUACCUAUAUGAAUACGAACGGUACAACACAAGAGCAAGUGGGAUGUGUGUUACUAAACUGGCAACGUUGUGCAGUUUCAUAUUUUACACCACCAGCCAUAGCGUCUCUCAUCUUGCAUCGUAGUUCGUCUAGUUCUCAGAAUGUGUUGUGUUCGUGCUGCGACACAGUGAACGCGAUUUUUGCAGUCCUGUCAGUGACUGCUGGGCGCGACGUGACGAGUGGUUAUAGCAGGCUUGUGCACACGCAAGGAAGAACCAUGGCCAGACUGGUGCGAAGGCUUGCCUAGCAGCACUGCGAUGACAGUUUUUUUAUAUGCCCGUUUUGACAAUCGUAAUGCCAGGCAAAUCUGAUGCAGUGUGCAGAACUUCCCGAAUCGGCGCAUUUCAGCUCCUUUAUGACAUGUUCUAGAGAAAGUGGCUCGAACUGGUCAAGUGUAAAAUGUUCUUGAAGGUGCGUUCAUUACACCCCUUCAGUUGCUCUGUACGUGCAUACACACAACUAUUUGUAACACCAGUCAUGCACUAGAUGCGCUGCUGGCGUUUCAACAAAAACCAACAAUUAAACUCGUUUUGCAUAUCCGUGUUAAUGGCGUUGCACGGAAGCAUUCGCAUUAAAUGUUUCAUAGCUACACUUUUUUCUAUUUAUUAAAUGUAUAUAAGGAGAGGUUAGAGCCAAUACGUGGCGCCGGCUACUCCUCUUCUCUUGCACAAAAGUUGACAUCGCCUAUUUGGUAGCAAACAAAACUAUACAUAUGAACAUAGCACAACACUUACGCAAUGAGACUGCAUUUUUCCAUACUAAAGUGUGUCUACACCACACAGAGUUUGUAAAAACAGAAUCAUGGCAAUUAAAGCGUCUCCAAAAAAACCUUUGUGAAAACAGUUCAGUACUUGAAAGACAUGGUCACCUUCGACAUUUUAGUGAACUUUCAUGUUUUGUGUGGACACUAAAAGCUACACUUCAUGGUGUGCGUUUCGGAUAGCACAAGGUACGUUCCAGAGAGCGAAACCGUUUUCUGUUAUUUUACUGCAACCCAGCAUUGUUGAAAAACUCGGAUGUUGCAGUGAACAUGCACCGCAAAACAAUCUAGGUUUACUGGGCACACCAACUGCAAUGCUCCUACUCUGCAGCUCAUCAUGUCCUGGCUACGACUUCGUCUUUGGUCACGGCAGAAAUCCGACUGGAGUCAUAUGCGUAUGCGUUUUGAACCUUUUGCGUGAUAAUAAAUAACAUUACCAACCCUUCGCAAGACUACAUGCAAGAAAAGCACCAAUUACAGACACGGAUGGCAGAGAAAAGGAGGGGUAAGCGAGUGAGUGAGGAGGACAGCAUGGAGAACAAUGAGUGACGCUACCUUGGCAACUUGUUUUAUCUAGGGACCUUAUUCGAGCCACGAUCAAGAGUGAAACAUAGCAGAAUGAAAUGAAUUAUUCAGAAAUAAAGCCCUCUACUGUUUUUUCUUGA